AUGGUCUUUGCUGCUUCCCUGGCCGAGCUCCAAGCAGAGGCCAGCUGUCCCAUCUGCCUGGAUUACCUGAGAGACCCAGUGACCAUUGCCUGUGGGCACAACUUCUGUCACUCCUGCAUCCACCAGCGCUGGGAAGGUCUACAGGGCAUCUUUCCCUGUCCUGUCUGCCUCCACCACUGCCCUGACAGCAGCUUGAAGAGGAACACCCAAUUAUGUCACAUGACUGAGAUUGCUAAGCAGAUCCCCACCUCAGGGAGCCAGAGGGAAAUGCAGGAAGAAAUACCCCUGUGUGGUAAGCACCAUGAGGUCCUGACCCUGUUUUGUGAGAAAAGCCUGGAGCUGCUGUGUCCCCAGUGCAAGGGCUCCUUAGACCCCCAGGAUCAGGCCCUGAUCCCCAUUGAGGAAGCUGCAGCUAGUCAGCGGGGGAUGCUCAAAAGGCACAUUGGGGUCCUCACUAACAGCCUUGAAAGUGAUGAAACUGUACAUAAAAAGCAAGUUGCAAAUAUUUGGGAAGUAAAGAGAAAGAUGGAAAAAUGGAGGGAGGAAUUGGACUAUGAAUGUAAAGAACUUAAGUUUUUAUUGGAAAUAGAGUUCGAUGAAAUUGAUAACGAUCUGCUUAUAGCAGAGAAUGAUGUUGAAGAAAAACUAAUUGAAAAUGGAAAGCAAAUUUCAUACCAUAUGUUCAGGCUAAACAUUCUGUUAUUUGAAAUAGAAGAGAAGUGUUUGCAGACAGACCUGGAUUUACUCACAGGCAUUGAAAGGAUCCACAACAGCUAUGGAAACAUAGAGUCCCCAGCAGUGUUUUCAUGUGAAUUACCAAAGGAGAUUUUCACUCUCCCCCCACAUUACGUGGGCCUGCAUAAAAUGAUCCGCACGUUUCAGUUGGCGGUGAUAGUGAGCCAAGUUCAUGAUCAUGUUGGACACAUCCUUUUGGUCAGAAGGCCGACCAAAUGUCAAGAUCUCACUCAACAUGUGGAAUGUGCUCUCUGCCGGGCAGAAGAUCGCUUCCACCAGCCUCGCCUCCAGGUGAACUGUCUUCGGGCUCUUGAGGUGCUCCGUGUGGAACCAGUGAGCCUGCUCCGUGUGGGGCUCUUGAGGUGCUCCGUGUGGAACCAGUGA